AUGAGGAGGAAAGAAGCAUCCAUCUCAUUUCAAUUAAUCACACAUUUAUUGAGUGAGCAGAUUUAUGAUGUCGGCUACAAACAUCUGACUAAUAUUGACAUCAGUGAGACAGUGGUGACUCAUAUGAACCAGCGAAAUGCAGAGCGCAGGCCAGGACUGACCUUCCAGCAGGUGGAUGCUACACAAACCCUGUAUGAGGACGCCUGCUACCAGGCUGCUCUGGACAAAGGGACGCUGGAUGCCAUGGCCUCCGAGGAGGAAGGAGCUCUGGCCAGGAACAUGCUCAUCGAGGUGGGCUGUGUGCUAAGUGUCAGAGGCCGGUAUGUGUGUGUGACGUUGGCUCAGGAGAGUGUGAUCAAGUUGGCCGUGGAGCACUUUGUACAGCUGGGGUGGGCUGUGAGGCUCCACUGCCUGCAGGGGGAUAGUGGAAAAGAAGAGGACUCGUUCUCUCUGCCCGUCUUUGUUCUGGUCUGCACCAAAUUUCGUCAGCCGAUGCCAAUACCCAUCCUGGAGAUGUGUCUCGGGGAGGAUGGAGCCCCAACGCGUCUCACGCAGGUUUCAGAGUUGUUGUCAGCGGUGAGGGAGCACCAGGCUUACUCUGUGUUGAGAAAAAAGCUUCAGUUCUUGUGUGAUUCCUUCUUCCCUCUGCUCAUCAUGUCAGUGCCUCAAGGCAGCGAGACAGCUUGGCUCUACUGUUCCAGCGAGGGGCAAAAGCAGCUGGCAGCCAGUGCUAACUUUCGACGUCUGGUUAUUGUGGCAAUGCACAGGAAUCAGGAAUACACAGACAUGCAAGCUGUCCAAGCAGAACUCUCACCAAUGGUGAUGGACCUUGCUCCUCCGGGUAUGCCAGCCAAUCAGCAGACGGCACAGAGUGAAAGUGAAGCCCAACGAGGGAGCACACAGGGCGGGCAGGGCGGCAAUGUGAGCACCGGGACGCUUAAAUCUUUUAUCUGUAAGAAUGGUCGCUCCGGUGAGAACAGAACUGGCGUGUAUCCCCACUGGCUUCACUGGCUCCUGACCCAUAUUCCCGGAGAAAAUCGUUUUGAAUAUCGCUCAGGAGGAAUCUGUGCUCUGUGGAGGGUUGGUGGUGCGCGCACAGCUCCAGGAGCAGCGGAGGGGUCGUUGCAUCCAUCCUCCUCAGUCAGUGCUCCUCUCUCCGUGCUCAGAGCCUCAGUGACCGCUGCGGGAUUCCCUGCAAUGAAACCGCAGUAA